AGAGGGAGACAGACAGCAGUGGCUAGAUGGAGCCUAGUUUGUUUUGAAGUAGCUGCUGCUGCGAGCAGGACAGUCUGCCGGCACUACUGUGUGUGUGUUUGUGUGUGUGUAUAUGAGAGGAAAACCUCACUGCACCCAGUCUGGGCUUAUGUGGACAGGUUUUCUGUUGGAGACACUCUAUGCAGCUCAAGGUCAGGAAGAUCCAGCAGCCGCCUCGGGGAACUGUCCCAUCUGGAUCUUUGGACCCCGCAGAGGCAGGUGGGCGCAAGUUUCCCUGUCCCUCGGUCACAGGGACACUAUGCAGGGCUAUGGGACUCUGAGGAGGAUGUGAGGCCUGGACUACUGUCAAUACCUCCCACGACAGCGUCAGUUCUUCCAGCCUGAUCCUGUGUGGAGUCGGAGUCGAAGGGGAAUGGGCCCGGCCUCACUGCAGGAGGAGAGAGAGACGGAGACAGAGUCCAAGGGGGAGAUGGAGGGCUACCGCUGCCUUCUGCAGGCCGGCUCCCAGCUGGAGAGCACUCUGCAGCAGGUGACCGUCCCUGUCAGCCUGAAGGAGGUGGGAGGCUACAUAGAGAAACAGGUGGCGUACCUGUCAGGGGGCCGUGGGGAAGACUCCAGCGUCAUCAUCACCCUCCCAGAGUGCUCGGCUUUCAGCGACAUUCCAGAGGAAGCUUUAGCCAAAGUCUUUACAUACCUCACUCUCAUCCCUCGAACGAGGCAACCCGGAGUAAAAUUCAUCAUCAUAUUAGACCGAAGACUGGAUACAUGGGCCUCUAUCAAAACUGCACUUGCAAGGAUAGCAGCCUCCUUUCCUGGGAACCUCCACCUGGUCUUGGUGCUCCGACCCACCAGCUUCUUCCACCGCACUGUUACUGAUAUUGGCUUUCGCUUCAGCCAAGAGGACUUCAUGCUCAAGAUGCCAGUGGUGAUGCUGAGCUCUGUCACAGACCUGCUGCGCUACAUUGAUGAGAACCAGCUGACUUCAGAGUUUGGAGGCACUUUGGAUUAUUGUCACAGUGACUGGAUUGUUUUACGAACAGCUAUUGAAAGUUUUGCUGUCACAGUCAAAGACAUUGCACAGAUGCUACAGGGCUUUGGCACAGAGCUGGCAGAGACGGAGCUGUCGGAUGAGGGGAAAGCCAUCGAGUAUCUCCUCGAGUCUCACACUGACAAGUACAGGAAACUCAAGGAUGCCAUCAGGUCAGUGUCAAAGGAAGGUCGUCAUCUUCUUGCGAGCCUGGAGACCUCCGGAAAGGAGGACGACACCCAGUGGGAUGUGAGGCUGGACUGGGAGACAGUGCAGAGGCUUCUUGCUCAGCUCAGAGACAUGGAGUCAGCCUUCGAUGGCUUCUUUGAGAAGCAUCAUCUGAAACUCCAUCAGUACCUGCAGCUGCUCAGAUAUGAACAAAGCUUUCAGGAGAUGGAGUUGUGUCUGGAGCACCUGACGGCUCAGGAGAAGGAGCUGUCCAUAUCUGUCGACACUCUGGCUCAAACAGAACAGGCUCUCAAAAGGUUGGACAGUCUGGAAUCAAAUGCACAGGAGGUGAUGUCUCGAGCUCAGAUCAUCAUCCUUCAUGGACACCAGCUAUCAGCCGGUCACCACUAUGCCAUGGCUCUUAUCAUGCAGCGCUGCAACGAGCUUCGCCACUACUGUGAUACACUCAAUGCUGCUCUCAAGACCAAACACACUCGUCUUCUGCAAACACACCAGCUGCUGCUUUGUCUUGGACAGGCCCACACUUGGUGUGAUGACGGAGCGUAUCUGCUGGCCAAUCAGCUGGUAGAUAAGUACCAGUCUAAGGAGGGGGCUCAGGCUGCUUUGAGGGAGAUCGAGAGGUUCCUGGAGGGGGCACCGUCUAUACUGAGCUCAGGACCUGACAUCCUGGCCAUUGAGUAUGAAACUGUCAUUACACCUCAGCUGCAGACGCAGAUUGGAAAAACAUUUGAGAAGCAUGCAACAGUGCAGCAGAUGAUCCAGAGCCGACAGGCUUGUCUAAGGAAGCUGGCUGAUAAACAUGUGCGACCGAUCCAACUGGUGGCCCCCAGGCCUGAAAACCCACCGCGCGCCAAGUCCCCGCUUUUCUCCCCCAAGCAUGGUGACGGUCUGAAGUUCACAUUUGACCUCUCUCUGCCUGGGAAGAGAGCAUCCCGAAAGAGCCCCAACCCCAGAAAGAUAGAGGUGAUCCACGACUACCAGGAGAGCCGGAGCUGCGUGUUGUACAGCCUGGAUGGAGAGGACAGCCCAGAUCUCUUGAAGCGUCAUGUGAUGAGGGAACUCAUAGAGACAGAGAGGAUCUAUGUGGAGGAGCUGCUGUCAGUGCUGCUGGGUUACAGGGCUGAGAUGGACAAUCCAGCUCUGUCAGGGCUCCUGCCCCCGAUCCUGCGCAGCAAGAGGGACAUCCUCUUUGGAAACAUGCCCGAGAUCUACAACUUUCAUAGCAGGGUUUUCCUUCAGGACCUGGAAGGAUGCCUGGAGGCUCCUGAAAGUGUGGGAGCUUGUUUCCUGGAGCGGAAAGAAAGUUUCCAAAUGUAUGAAUGCUACUGUCAGAAUAAGCCACGCUCUGAGGCGCUGUGGAGACAAUUUUCAGACUGUGGCUUCUUUCAGGAGUGUCAAAAAAAGCUGGAGCACAAACUGGGCCUGGAGACCUACCUGUUGAAACCAGUCCAGCGCCUCACCAAAUACCAGCUGCUGCUUAAGGAGCUGCUGAAAUACAGCACAGAUUGUGAGGGGACGUCAGAGCUGCAGGGGGCACUGACAGCCAUGCUGGACCUGCUUAAAUCAGUCAAUGACUCCAUGCAUCAGAUAGCCAUCACAGGAUAUGAGGGUGACAUUUGCGAGCUGGGCCGCGUGUUGAUGCAGGGUUCUUUCAGUGUGUGGAUCAGCCAUAAGAAAGGCCCCACGCGCAUGAAGGAGAUGGCUCGCUUCAAGCCCAUGCAGAGACACCUCUUCUUGUAUGAGAGAGCUCUGCUCUUCUGUAAAAGGAGGGAGGAGCACGGAGACGGCUGUGACAAGACCCCCUCAUACAGCUUCAAACACUGUCUCAAGAUGACUGCUGUGGGGAUCACAGAGAAUGUCAAGGGAGAUGUGAAGAAGUUUGAGAUCUGGUACAGUGGCAGGGAGGAAGUGUAUGUGGUUCAGGCUCCUACAGUGGAGGUGAAGAUGGCCUGGCUCAAUGAGCUUCGCAGGAUCCUGACCAACCAGCAAAAGCUGCUCAGAGAUGAAGCAUAUCAACAUGGCCAAAUGGUCGGACACAUGCAGCUUUCUCCACCUCCACUCUCUGAGAGCAAGCAGCAGAGGGCGUCAGUGAGCUCAGAGGACACUGAGUCGGGGAGGAGCAGUCCAGACCCCCAGCCUCACUCCCCUAAACACCAGCACAACCGCAGGAGUUGGCCCGGAGCUCAUCACUCGGUAGACAUCUGCGAGGGUCUGGAGGAGUGGUCUGGAGGUCGGGACGCUUUCCACCCAUCUGACACGGAAGAGGAGGUUUUGGUGCAACUGUCUCCAGGCAGAUACAGGGCUUUGGCUGACUGUCUUCAAAAUGGACCAGACAGCAUCACCAUCAAAUGUGGAGACGUGAUUCAACUGCAGUGUGAAGACAACAAGGGCCGCUGGCUGGUGAAAAACCUGAGUCGGCGACAGGAGGGCUUCAUAGCUGCUGCCAGCCUGCAGCUGAUUCUAGGAGACAGCAGUCGAGGACACUCCUCCAGGCUAGGGGACGCAGGAAACCUGAAGGCCAGGAAGCUCAGCUCCCCGUAGAGAAGAAAGCACAGACUGUGAAUCUAAUACUUCCCCGUGGAUGAUGAGCAGACAGAAGGAACAGGUUGAGCCAUAGCUGUUUCGUGACUGAUCAGCCACCCACUCCUCCCUCCCCGGUGACUUUUUUUUCUCCAGCACAGAUCAAUCAUAAAAGAGAAAAAAGUGGGAAUAUAGGGACCUGAUUUUCCUCCAGGUCAUGAUUGAUGAUCUACUAGGACUGUGUUUUCUGAAAGUGACGGCUCAGGAACUGUUUAGCCCUCUUGGACAAUCAACAACCGAUGCAAGGACUCUGAUUGGCGUUCUUCUUUUUUGAUUGGUGAGGAGAAUCUUCCAUCUGUAACACACAUAAAGUCGCGAUGUGAGGCCGCUGCUGCAGCAGGUCAUCGUUACACAAUCUGUGGAAACAUUUUUCAACCUUCAUUCCAGCUAGUAUUCAAGACUCUGGUUUCUCCAAAUGUGUGUUCCUGUUUGUCUAGUGUGUGCUGGAUGGAUGGCCCAGGAUUUGCCUGAAACAUUUCUUAAAGCAAAGACUUUUGUACAUACACAGUAUCAUUUUUAACAUUUAUUGUACGUCAGUGUUUCAUCUUUGUUAGUUGACGUUUUUUCCAUUGAACGACUUUAUUGUAUUUUUCUUACAUUUCAUUCCUCCAGGCACCACUCUUCUGUAAAGUCUACGAGUUAGAAUGCCAAAAUGUGCCAUGCCAUAAUGCCUUUUUUAUUCCCUGCUCUUUUAGAGUCUCCCGUAUGUACUGUUUGCAAAAUCAAAUACUCUGUUAUUGCUUUAACCUGACCUCACAAAUAUUCAACAGGCACUUUAAUAAGGUGGAUGGACAGGAGAGACAAAGAAACCCCCACCUAUUGUCUACUGAAUGUGUGCUUUCCUUGCUGCUUUACCUCUCUUACUGUGUAGCUCCUCUUAUUCAUGCUGUUGUUUCCUUUGUUUAUCCUUGAAUGUAUGAUGUGUUAGGGAGGCAGGGGAGACAUACCCCCUGCAUGCAGGCAGCAGUUGACAUGUCAGUGAUGGUAAUGUAAGACACUGGCGGACAUGAAGAUUGAUGGCAGUGUAUUCCUCGGUGUGUGCCUCAGAGUGCAGCAUACAGAAGGAAGAAGUAGGCAGAGUGAAAGAAAGGCAGGCAGAGAGCAAUAGAGAGGGGGAGAUUAUGCUCCAUGUACCGCUCCAUCACAGAGGCAGAUUGUUUCCUCCUCACCAUUACAGCUCAGUUAAUCUCGGGCUCCCCAUUAAAAGGGAUCAUACAGCCAACAUGAAAUACACCCUCUGUGUCGAACGCUUAAUUAAAUAUUGAUUGCAGACUUAUAUAAAUUUACCACAUCAAAUCGAGGCCGCGGUCGGAGGGCUGCCUUUGAUUCGCUGUGUUUGAUAUGGAAAUGAGUCAAGAAAGCAGCAGGGGCUGCUCUGCACUACACAUUUCCUAUGUUGUUAAUUUAUUUAUUUUGCUGUCAUGUUGUUCCUUCAUAUUGUGAGGUAUGUGCGCAGCUCCCAAUGAAAUUACAUCUCCAUAUAUUUAUGGGAGCUAUGCUACAGUGCACAUUAAAAACCCCCAUUUUAUUUCUCUUUUAGCUUAAAUGACAAAAAUCAGAUGGUUCCUUUGUCACUUUAAUCCAAAAUGCUGCAGAUUUUGCACAGAUUUUCCAGGUUGGAAAACAAAAAUAAACUGCUUGAAAUAUUAAGUAUCCUGAUGAGCCAAGUAGCCUGAGCUUGUUGCUGAAUGUUUCUUUAUGAUAAAAAUGCAUGGCAACUGAACACUGAGCAGGUUUGUAUUGCCCGACCGUCACUGUUCUAAACUGGCUUGUUUUUGUACAGCUUCAGUUCUGCAAAAAAAAUAAACUAUUUAUUGCAAUAAUUGUUUUGGUAAUUUAAAUAAUUCAGUUCUUGUUUUAACAUGGUGAUCACCUAAACGCUAAGGCUGCUCUUUUUCAUGCACCCUGAUUUAAUCUAUUGGUUCUGUAUUCUUGUUUUAAUGGAAGCCAACUGAAAUAAUAAAACUGUGCAGACUUUUCUCUUUUCUGUGAGUUUUUGGUCACAUUUGAAGCCUGGAUUUCCAAAGAUCCUUUUUUUAUACUACUGAGUACCACUAUUACCACUUGUAAAACAUU